AUGGACCACCAGUACGGCAUAGCGGUUACUAAUAAAUUUUCUCUUUUCAUCGACGAAGAUGAAGAUCCAUUAGAGAUCUUAUCUAGGCAAGAAGAGUUAGCAAAGACGAAGAAGAAGGAUGAAGGAGAGAAGAAGUCUGUAAAGCCAUCAAAACAGAAAAAGAAUGCUAUUGCUGACACCAAGGCAAAGGUUGUCGAGCAACCAGCAUUUAAAAAAGAUGAGAAAUCUGCUCCCCCAAGGAGUGAGAGGGGCCGUGGAGGCAACAACAGGGGUCGUGAGCCUAGGGAAAUUCGUGAUAAUGACGGUGACCGACGCCCACCAAGGCGGCAAUUCCCUAAAGAGAAUAGGGAAACAAGAGUAGGAGAUGAAAAUGUACCCCCUGAGUUCAGGGAGCAGCCAGAGUCUGGUUUUAGGAGGCGAGAAGACUUCGGCGGUGAGAGAGGAAGGGGACGUGGACGUGGUAGGGGCCGAGGCGCUCGCGGAGGGGAAAGAGGUGGCUUUGGAGGCCAGAGAGAAGGCUUCGGUGGUGAACGGAAAAGGGAGUUUGAUCGUCACAGUGGCACUGACAAAACGGGUGUAAAGCCCAUUGAAAAGAGGGAAGGUGCAGGUGCUCGUAACUGGGGAAAUUUCAAGGAUGAUCUUGAGGAGCAGACCACACCUGCGGAAUCAAACGACUGGGCAAAUCAAACUGAGGUCACUGCAGACAAUCCUGAAGUAACUGAAAGUGCUGAGAGUGUGCAGCCUCAGCCUGAAGAGGAGGCUCAGCCUCAUGAGAUGACUCUGGACGAGUGGAAGGCACUUCAGAAUCAGACCAAGCCAAAGGCAUCCUUCAACAUCCGUCAAGCUGGUGAGGGAGAGGAUGGUGCAAGGUGGUCUAAUGGAAGGGAGUACCACAAGAAGCAUGAGGAUGAAGAUGAUGAGGAAGAGGAGGAGGAAUCUGAUGAAGAUGAUGAGGAUCAUCACAGCCGCGGCAAGCACUUGUUGACAGACAUCCGCAUCACCUUCAAUGACAACCCACGCAGAGGGCGGGGCCGGCGAGGCGCCAGGGGUGGUAUUGAACGCGGUGGCAGCCGUGGUGGAACCAGAGGAGUAGGCAGCAAGCCAAGAGAGUCUGCACCUCGCUUUGAUGACGAAGUGGACUUCCCAUCUCUCGUCAAGUCAGCAGCCUAA